AUGUCCGGAUUUCGAAACAAUGGUGUUAUGCAUCUCCUCUACAUUUAUCGCUUCAGAUUUCAUGCAUUUUACUCAACAGCUGCGGCAGAUUCUCACACCAAGCAUUUGGUGGAAACACUGGUGAACUCACUUGGGUUCUCUACAGAAGAAGCCAUAUCUACAAGCGUUAAGGUAAGUCGCUUGAGACCCAGAAAAUAUAAGCCUCUAUUAGUCUUUAAUUUCUUCGAAAAAUCUGGUUUAGAUAAAACCCACAUCAAAAAACUUGUUUCUUCAGUCCCUGCAUUGAUGCUAUGUGAUGUAAAUAAACACCUUAAACCCAAAAUUGAAGUACUUCAAGAACUUGGCUUUUCCGUGUCGGAUCUUGUCCAAAUUAUUUCCAACAGUGGGAAAUUCUUCACCACAAGGGUAGACUGUUAUACCAGACCAAAUGUUGAUUAUCUUCGGAAACUAUUGGGUAAUGAUGAUUCUGUAGUUAAAAUCAUUAAGAGAAAUCAUAUGGUGCUUGCUUAUGCUCUUCAUGAAGUAAUGCCACCCAAUAUAUCGUUCCUGCAAAAUAUUGGGUUAUCAUGUGUGGAUAUAGAGAAGCUUAUGUUUUGGAAUCCUGUGCUUUUAGUUCAAAAAACUGAGUGGCUCGAAGACGUAGUGAGUCGAGUAGAAAAAAAAUAUCACAUUUCUCGGGGUUGCCCCAUGUUUCUCUAUGGAAUUUAUGCACUUGCAUCUCUCAAAGAAUCGACUUUGGAAAAGAAAUUUGGAAUUUUCAGGAGUUUUGGGUGGUCUGACUCGGACAUUUUUACAUUGGUUCAAAAACAUCCUGCCUGUUUCAGCAAAUCAGAAGACAAGCUCAAAAAUGCGUUAAGUUUUUUUAUGAAGGAACUCGGAUAUGAAUCUAAUUACCUGGUUUCUCACCCCACGUUUUUUACUUAUAGCUUGGAGAAAAGGAUUAUGCUUAGACAUAACAUUUUGAAGCUAGUCAGCCAGAAGAAGCUAACAAAUUGUAGUCGGAGCCUCUACACUGUUGUGCUAUGGUCUGAGUUGAAGUUCUUAGAGAGUUAUGUGCUUCCUUUUAAGGAUGAGAUGCCUGAGGUGUAUGAUUUAUACGUCAAAUGUAGAAGCUAA